CUGUGUCGAGACGUGGCAUAAGCCUGUCAACUCCUUUCCAUGCCCGCCAUUUUCUGCGUUAAACGUUUACCGGUGGGACGAGUUCAAAUCGUUCAAAUACGUCUUACCUGUUUAAAUUUCUGUCAUCUAAUUGUGUGAAAAUUAUUAAUAUAACAAAGAAAAAAGAAUUGUGAGCAUCAUUCAGGAUGGGAAAUAUAUUUGCCAAUCUAUUCAAAGGCCUUUUCGGCAAAAAAGAAAUGCGAAUAUUAAUGGUUGGUCUUGAUGCUGCUGGUAAAACAACAAUUUUAUACAAAUUAAAAUUGGGAGAAAUAGUAACUACAAUUCCUACUAUAGGUUUCAAUGUAGAAACUGUGGAAUAUAAAAAUAUAAGUUUUACUGUUUGGGAUGUUGGUGGCCAAGAUAAAAUCAGACCUCUUUGGCGACAUUACUUUCAGAAUACUCAAGGUUUGAUAUUUGUAGUUGACAGUAAUGACAGAGAACGUAUUGGAGAGGCGAGAGAAGAAUUAAUGAGAAUGUUAGCUGAAGAUGAACUUAGAGAUGCUGUCUUACUGAUAUUUGCUAACAAACAGGAUCUUCCCAAUGCCAUGAAUGCUGCGGAAAUCACCGACAAACUUGGCCUCCAUUCCCUACGGAACAGAAACUGGUACAUUCAGGCCACGUGUGCAACAAGUGGAGAUGGUCUAUACGAAGGCUUAGAUUGGCUGUCAAACCAGUUAAAAAAUCAGAAGUAGCCCAUGGAUCUUAAUGAACAAUUUCACAUAAUGAACUUUGAGGACCUGUGCAUGCAGUCUUUCCAUGAAAAAAGUGGAAUUGUUUGUUCCAGAUUUUCAAGCGCUACCCUCAUUUUAUAAGCCUUCAACUAAAAAGCUGUUAUUAAAUUUAAUUUCUUCAGUUUAGUUUAAGGCUAAUUAAUUUGGGUUGCAAUCAAGAAACAUGUAAUACUGUGGAUUAAAAAAAUUCUGGAAAAAUGGCAUAUGUUUGUAAAUAAACAAGGAUUAUUUAAAACUCUCGGCUUCAUGUUUAGGGCCCAAAUGAUCAUCUGUUUAACAUUGUAAAAGGUGUCAUAUGACACUGUAUUUGUUUAGCUUUUAAGAUAAUUUAUCGCAUCAAAGGUAUGCUCAUAUUUUUUUUUGUCUGUGCUUGGUGAAUGUGACUGGUAUGUGAAUGAGCUGGUACUCGUUUCAUCAAAAUAUAGAUAGUUCUCUUGAUUCAGUAUGUUUCUUGUAUUUUUCCUUUAAAUAAAAUAUCAGAUUACUAUUACUUUGAGUAAUUUGCAUUAUCAGUUACACUUUUGUUCAAAAUCGGGAAAGAUCUCAAAUAAAUUACAUCUUGCAACCUGAUUGAGGCCAAAUUAAAUUUUAGUAUGGUAGGUUUUAAAAUUCUUUAACAGUAUUAAUGUUUAUGAACAGCUUUUGUAAAUCUCACUUCUGAGUGUGUAUUUUAUUGCAUUAUAUCCAAAUGAUAAUUUUCCUUUGUGUUGCUAAUUUAUUUUCUUGAAGUUUAUUAAUUUAAAAUUUAUCAGUACGUUCUGUUAAUUUCAUACACCCGUAUCCUUUAUUAUGUUUUCAAUCAUUUUGUCAUAAUUUGGUUUUAUUAAAAUGUGUAGUCAUAUUUAAAGAAUAUUUCAACUGAAAGGAAAAUUAGAGUUGUAUUUGAAGUAGUUGUAUAUUUUUUGUAUUGAAUAUAAAAUAUUCGAUAGCA